UGCAGGCUGCGUAGAUGGAGACACUGCUGCAGGAGCUCAGCUCAGCUUCCAAGCUCUUAACUGACUUCAAGGAGAUGUAUGAGUAUGAGACCCGUUUAAAAACUUUCACCAAGUGGCCCUUCCAGGAAAACUGCAAGUGCACUCCAGAGAAUAUGGCAAAGGCUGGCUUCAUCCACUGUCCAAGUGCAAGUGAACCAGAUGUGGCAAAAUGUUUCUUCUGCUUGUUAGAACUGGUGGGCUGGGAACCAAAUGAUGACCCAUGGGAGGAACACACCAAACGUCACACCUGUGACUUUUUAUCCCUUCCCAAGCACUUUGAUGAGCUGACAAUGGAGGAGUACUACAUGCUGGAGAUGACACGGCUGAGGACCUUCAUUUGCAAAGUUGGCAGCCGCACAAUAAACUCUUUUCAAGAAGAAGUCGCGGCGACGAGGCAGAGGCUGGUGAAUUACUUUGGCUCCAGACCCUCACUCCCGGCACCGCUGCCUCUCGAGGACGAGCCUCCAGCCCAGCAGCCGGGAGGCGCAGCUGCCGGCCCGGAGGAGCCCAGGACAAGUGAGCUGUGA